AUGGAGAAAAAGCUCCGAACAACCGUCGAUCGUUACGAAUGUGUUGACGAUGAGAGCGGUAAAGGCGUUCAUCAAGAGUCCGCUGCCAUGGGCACGGUGACCAUUACGGACACAAAGGAGAUCUUCCUUGUACCGGCACCGAGUGCAGAUCCCAGAGAUCCGUUGAAUCUACCACGUUGGAGGAAGAUUGUCUUCGUUGUCCUUUUGACACUAUUCUCUUCUGUCGGUCUGACCUUGGUCAGUGGCUUCGGGGGUCUUCUCAAUUUCUACAUUCCGGACUACGCUGAACAUGGUGCCUCCUACGCCGACAUUACCGCUCUUAUGACAUAUCCUUCCAUGUUCAUGGGUAUUGGAAACCUCAUCUUGAUGCCCAUAGCGAUGUCGAUUGGUCGGAGGCCAGUCUACCUAUUCUCAUGCGCAUUGCUGGUCGUAUCUGGAAUUGGAGCUGCUUAUGUGAAGAACUACAAUCAACAUCUGGCUGUACGAAUGAUCCUUGGGCUUGCAGCUGGACAAAGCGAGGCCCUUGUUCCAAUGAUGAUCCAGGAGGUCCACUUUCUCCACGAGCGAUCUACAUUCUUGAUGUGGCAAUCCGCCGGUCAGACCAUCGUCACCGCCGUGUUCUCGGUCUUUGCUUCUCCAAUCGCGGGAGCUAUUGGGCCUGGCAAUUGGUACAUCAUGGGUGCCGGCGUCUGCGCCAUUGUGCUCAUUCUGUCGAUAUUCCUCGUGCCAGAGUCGAAGUACGACCGAUCGCUCGCUGCUUACGGCCAGAGAACGGCAGACGAUCCCCUCAACAGCGUCAACGACCAUACUACUCCAUCGCGCCCAGUCAGAAUGGCAGAUCGCCCUGCUUUGGACUUCGUGAACUACCAAGCGAGGACCUUACGCAGCGAUAUGGUUGUCUUCUCGGUCAAGCCGGAUUGGGCGGAAGGAUACUGGACCUUCGUUCAUACCUUCCAAAUCAUGCUCUUCCCGAAUGUCAUGUGGGCAUUCCUCCUCAACGGUGUGACGCUCGGGAUCAAUAUUGCAAUGGGAACCACGUACGGCAAGAUCAUCACGGAUGCGCCAUACAGCUUCGGAGACAAUCAAGCCUCCUACGUGACUGUGAGCCAGAUUGUCACCGCCUUGGUCGCUCUGCCCAUGUUGGGAAAUGGCUCGGACUGGAUCAUGAGAUGGAAAGCUCGUCGUAACGGUGGGAUCCAUGAGCCGGAAAGCCGUAUUCUGCCACUUGGUAUUCCCAUCGUCGUUGGAGUAAUCUCGGCCGUUCUUUACGGUCAAGCUGGGGCGCAUCCCAAUGACUACCAUUGGUUCGCCAUCGUGUUCGCCUACGCUGGCUACUACUUUGGCUUCGUAGGUGCGAAUAUUGUCGGAAUUACUUACCUUUUGGACUCCUAUCCUGCACGAGCAGCUCCAGUUUUGGUCGUUAUCACGGCUUUCCGCGGUUUCAUCAGCUUUGGUACAAGCUAUGGCGUCGCCAAAUUUAUCGAAACGAACGGCUACGAUGGCUCGUUUGGUACAUACGCUGGUCUCACAGCCUUGUUCGGGUUGAUUGGGAUUCCAGCAUACAUCUAUGGGAAGCGGAUUCGCCAGUACACUGGAAAGUAUGCCAUGAGCAAGACUGAGGGAAGGCCAUCAAUGGCGCACUGA